AUGUGUACAUAUUACUUUCACGAUAAUGAUUUAAACUGUGUUCACACUCUCCAGAGCAUUGGUGGCUGUGAUUGGGACAAUGAGACUGGACACAUUAAUGGAUUUCUUCAGCUUGGCUAUGAUGGAGAAGACUUCAUGUCUUUUAAUCCGCAGACAGAGACAUGGAUCGUUCAAAAACAACAGGCUGUCACCAUCAUACAGGAGAUCAACGUUGACAAAGCUAUGACAAAGUACUUACUCACCCAGGAGUGCCCUGACUUUCUGAAGAAGAGUGUGAACUACGGCAGGAACUCUCUGAUGAGAACAGAUUUUCCCUCAGUGUCUCUCCUCCAGAAGACUCCCUCCUCUCCAGUCAGCUGCUUCGCUACAGGUUUCUACCCUGACAGAGUCAUGAUGUUCUGGAGGAAAGAUGGAGAGGAGCUUCAUGAGAACGUGGAACCUGGAGAGAUCCUCCCCAACCAUGAUGGAUCCUUCCAGAUGAAUGUUGACCUGAACCUUUCAUCAGUCACACCUGAAGACUGGAGGAGGUACGAAUGUGUGUUUCAUCUCUCUGGUGUGAAGGACGACAUCAUCACCAAACUGGAUAAAGCUGUGAUCAGAACCAACUGGGGUAAGACUGGAAUCAGAAGUAAUGGCGGUAGGAAAUAA